UUAGUGAUACGUGAAAGCGAGGCUUGCUCGUUGCUAAAACAAGAGUGAGCGCUAGAUCUAAACUGAGGCAAAGUUGGAGUUGAUCGAGCUCGCUAAAAAUUACCAUGGCAGCAUCAGAUGAACGGUACGCAUUUUUAGCCGAAUGGUACGAUCCAAGGGCCUCGCUGAUGAGAAAAUAUCAACUUCUCUUCUAUCCAAGUGAUUCGUCUGUGGAAAUGUAUGACGUAAAAAAUCGUCGUCUCUUCUUGAAGCGAUCUGUGAUAGAUGGCCUUCAGGUUCAGCAUCUGUUUUUAGGAGCCACAAUUAACAUCCAUUCUCGACAGUUAUCAAUAACAGACUAUGCAGAUGAACGUACAUCUAACCUUUUGAGAAACAAGAAUGAGAAAACACUAGCUAUGAUAAAACCAGAUGGUAUUUCACAGAUGGGAAAUAUAAUUGACAUGAUCCAUAGGGAAGGCUUCCUCAUUUGCCAAGCAAAGAUGGUUAGACUGUCAAGGCAUGAAGCAUCACUGUUUUAUACGGAGCACAAAGGGAAACCCUUUUUUGACCAUUUGGUGGAAUUCAUGGCAAGUGGUCCUGUAGUUGCCAUGGAGUUGAAAGGCGCCAAUGCUGUUACAAAAUGGCGGACAGUCCUAGGUCCAACAGACUCGGCAACUGCCAGGCAGCAGGCUCCUUUGUCAGUCAGAGCAAAAUUUGGCACAGACAACACAAAAGAUGCAGCACAUGGUUCAGACUCAGCACAGUCAGCUGAAAGAGAAGCAGAUUUUUUCUUUGGUGACAAGAGCUUCAUUGGAAAAAACACUGCUACUUUUUCAAACUGCACUCUCUGCAUAAUCAAACCCCAUGCCAUCAUUGAAGGUAACACUGGCAAGAUCAUAUCUGCUAUAACUAGCAAGGGCUUUGAGAUCUCUGCCCUUCAGAUGUUCCAUCUUGAAAGAGCUAAUGCUGAAGAAUUCCAUGAAGUUUACAAAGGUGUUGUAAACGAAUACCAGAGUAUGGUUGAAGAGCUGUGUUGUGGACCGUGCCUUGCUAUGGAGAUCAGAGCUCCCGAUGCACCAGUCUCAUUCAGAGAAUUCGUCGGCCCUUUUGAUCCUGAAAUCGCUCGCCAUCUACGCCCUGGAACAUUACGGGCAAUGUUUGGCAAAGACAAGAUAAAGAAUGCUGUCCAUUGCACCGAUUUACCAGAAGAUGGACUGCUAGAGGUGCAGUAUUUUUUCAAAAUAUUGGAUCAUUAGCAGCGGUCUUGAUUGGAAAAUGUUCCUUAUGAGAAUUCGACCAUUGUAUACACAGUUAAACUAUCCACGUCAGCUAACUUAUCAAGUAUUCCUUAUUUCAUGUACAGAUAGUUUAGGCAAAGUAAUAGAGUGAACAUGUACAUAGUCAAAUCCUAAUAUCUUUUUAGUCAAACAGACUUUUUUGAGUACAUUUUUUCGAACAAAUAUUUCACGGUAGAAGUCAUCCUGAUUGAGAUGAGAGGAAUAGAAUAAGGUGAAAUUUAAGGUUUUCUAUCUGUCAUUUUAUUAACAUACGACGUGAAUUUUUAAUGAAUAUGAAAAAAGAAUAUU